CACGCGGUGGUGGCGCGCAUACACAGUUUCGGUGCGAAUUAUUUGAAUUUAGUGAUUUUAUUGUGUUUGAUUAACGUAAUAUGUAAAUUAUAGUUAUUAUUCUUGGCAUUACAAUCAGAUUAUGACAUAAAAACUUAGCGAUGCUGAAGAAAUGACUUCAACGGACACAUAUCAGUUAAAAUGGCACUCGCACAGCUCUCAUUUGAACGGGUCCGUGGCGUCUUUGCUGCGGUCCGAACGGUUUACCGAUGUGGUGCUCUGCACGAUGGAUGGAUCGCAGAUACCGGCGCACAAGUUCAUCCUGAGUUCCUGCAGCGUGUAUCUGAGCGGGCUGUUCGAGGGUCAGCGGUCUGUGACGCGGAUGGGGGGCAUGUUGUACGUGGUCCUCCCAUCGGAGAUUUCGACCAAGGCUUUGAAGAUUCUUGUAGAAUACAUGUAUAAAGGUGAAACAACCGUGUCAAAUGAAGUACUUGACACAGUAUUAAAAGCAGGAGAAGUCCUCAAAAUCCGUGGUCUAUGGAGACAAACAGAUGAGGCUGGAGGGGACUCUACACCUGCAGAGAAAACUACAACUAAUUUAAACAAGCAAGUUGCCGCGACAACAACUAAGAAACCAGAUGAGGUUCAGGCAAAGAUAGCAGUUAAGAAAGAUGACAAAUUACUUAAAACAUUUAAUCCGGGACAAAUGCAAACUCCAGGACAAGUCACAAGGCCAAUGUUCAUUGGACCUCCAAAGUUGGUAUUCAUCAAAACGACUGAAGGAGGUACAACAGCUGCCCUCAGGCCCGGGGCUCCCAAAGGCCAGACAAUCCUUGUAGCCCCUGCUCCCACCACAGAUGGAACCCCUACCUUUGCCAACAUAGCACCAGCUCCAUCACCAAAUGUCAUUGCCACAACAACAAUAGCUGAUGAUUCAUCUGAUGAAACACCUCCCCCAAGAAUUCUUAGGAGGCAGACGGAGAGGAAAUAUGGCAAAAGACAAAAGACUGAUGUUAGCAUUGAAGUAGAAGAGUCCAAGGAGGAAGAUACGCAAGACAAUGUCUCUGAGUCAUCCAAAAAAUCUAGUCAAAGCACAACAACAGAAGUACAAAUCAAGGAUGAACCAGAUUGGGAUGCGAGCAGCAUUGAAGAGGAGGAACGAUCCAUAGCUGAGAUGUUCCAAGCUGAGAUGAAUGUUAAGUCUGAACCCAUGGACGAUAUGGACAUUGAGGAAGAAAGUUUGAUGUACAGCCCGCUGGCGUGCGAGCUGUGCGCGGAGGUGUUCACGGUGCCGGGCGCCUGGGUGCGCCACGUGCAGGGCCACGCGCGCUCCGACACGCCGCACGCCAGGAAGCGGAAGCACCGCUCGGCGAGUGACGACACGGAAGAAACGAUGGCGCUAUUGAAAUGCGACUUGUGUCAGAAACACUUCCCGAACCCGGCCGAGUGGGUGCGCCACAUACAGAGCACGCACACCGAGACAGAAUUGGCCAUAUCAAACAACAGUGCCCCACCCAAACGUCACAAUCGUUUCACAGAGGGUGCGCAAAACAAGACUUGCACGCAAUGCAAGAAGAACUUCCCGUCUCACGCUUCGAUGCUGAUACAUAUGCGUACACAUACAGGCGAACGUCCAUUCAUCUGCGGGCUGUGCAACAAAGGGUUCAACGUGAAGUCGAACCUGCUGCGUCACCUGCGCACGCUGCACGACCAGCUGGUGAGCGCGGCGCGGCCCGACGACGACGCGCCCGGGCCCUCCGACGUCAAGCGGGAGGCCUGAGGCCGGGGAGGGGGGGCAGGACGGGGGCGCGGGCGCCGCACAGCGUACAUGAGCGCGAUGGUGGACGCCAACCGGCGCGCCAACGAGAAGAAGAAGCAGCCGCCCGACGCGCCUAGGAAGCAGAACUACUCGCUGUUCCUCAAGCAGAGAGCCGUUCUCUUCUCCGCCAAGAAGUGGAAGCAGUGAGCCUGGACCAUGGGAAUGUUACCAGCCUGGGAACAUAACUCGAGCAUGAAAAAUGACCUUGAAUAACCUGUUUUCUCCCGUCGUUAUUACAACUAUUUAAGAUAAAAGGAAAAUAUCAAGGUGUUAGAGAUGUUAGUAUGAAAAAUUACCUGGAAUUACCUUUUUUCCUGUCUCGUUCUUAUUACACUUAAUAAGAUGGGUACUGGAAAAUUUGAAGGUGUAAAUGGUUAUUAAAAGGGGCAACCAUUUUUCCGAUACGAUUAUCUUUCGAAUAACACAUUUGUUACCACAUCAUCAUGCAUCUACUUGCACUAUUUUGACUUUUAGGAAGAGAUUAAAUAUCCUAAUAAAACAUUGAUCACGAAUCUUUCUAACUUGAUAUUUCUUUAGAGACAGACAUUUUUCCAUUCCUGCGUCUUUGUCAUUACACUUAUAUAUAUUUAUCAUUAUGCAUACACUAUUACUAUUAUACUACUACAUACUAGUACAGAGUACGGAAAAUUUUCAAGGUCAUUAUUCCGGUUCGAAGUUCGCUCGAGUAUCUUUUCCAGGUUGGUACUAAUUCUAUGUCCUGGAGGCUGGUGAGUCACCAUUCUAAGAUGGACAAGAUGCGUAUAUGUUGCGAAGUGGUUAGGCCUCUUAGGCAGGCGUUAUAACAUCGUUUCUGAUGUCAGUGCGUGUUUCCAACUAACGUGGCGAUAGUGUUCAUAAAUAUAAUAUGAAACAAAAUCCAACUUUAGCAUAGUGUAUGAUAUAACAUUGGAAAGGUGACUCAUUCGUCUCGACUCGACUCGCUACGUUAUUUGUGCGUUCGUUCUGUUACUAGUAUUUUACGUUUUCUCAAAAAUCGUAGCGAAGUCGUUGGUUCAUUCACUUCUCCUGCCCACCCUCCUUAUUUUAUAAUCCCCUAGAAUAUGUAUGUUUUUGAAAUUGGUAAGACUUUCAGUCAUUAUGUUAAGUAAUAACGUUGUAAUUGUAAUAAAAAUCCGCCUGCGUAAUGACGGUUUGAUUUCUCUAUAAUUGUGGAGAUUUAAACGAAUUUUCUAGUCUGUUCGAUUAGUUAAGUUUCUUUUAAUUGAAAUAAUAUUAAUAAUUUAAUACCUAAUAAAUACAUUCCAAACUUAAUUUAUAGUUGUUUAAGUAAUUGUAUAAUUGCAAUGUGUAAAAGUGAAGUAAUUUAGAUUAAGUUCACCAUUCCAUAAGAGUUAAUUUAUUUUUUAUCCUUAAAUGAAACAUUUAGAAUAUAAUUUUAAUUUUAUACAUUGGUGACUUAAUACUCAUGU